AACAAGUACUUAAAAGUGGUUAAAGCUUUCCCAACAUGUCCCAGACAACUCAACCGAUCGAGGAAGAUGAGGAAGAUUGGUUCAACAAAGAUGAGAACGAUUUCGUUGUGGAAAUUCCAGCAAAUGAUGCUGCUGGUACUUCCAUUCCGGAAAAGGAGGUCGACGAUUGCCAAGGCGCAUCUGUGCGGGAAAUGUUAGACAACUUAAAGUUCACUGUCGAUGAUGUUGAUGGAAAUUACAUUGAUUCGCUAAAAAGAUCUGAUCAGGCCGGAUUGAAACAUAACAACCGGAAAGUAGAGCCGGGCAAAUAUGUGCAAACCAUUCCGUUCACAAAACUAACCAACAUCGUCGACAGCGAAACACUCUCAAUGUUUGCGGAUUUGUAUGUGCAGAAGGAGGAGUUCCUUGCAACGCUCACGAAAAGGACCUACGGGGAGGAGCUAAUGCUUGUGCUCAUGCGUAUCAUGAUCAAACUCGGAUCGAUGCCCCUUUACGAGACGGCUAAAGAGGUGUAUGUGGUGCUUCUCGAUCAAGACCAUUUCUUCGAGCAGUUACUAAAGUUUUUCCAGCAACCCGCGGAAGGGGAGAAAAAGAAGAAAAAGAAAAGCAAAAUCAUUAGACCAACAGUCGCAUGGGAGGAUAUGAUGAAUGCUUUGUUGGAAUUUUUAACUGUAGCCAAAUCAAUCGUGCAGUUUAAUGAUACAAUCGUUCGGUUCUGCGAUGCCCUGCUUGGCGUACUGUCUGAGAAGGACCAGAGACAUCGUGACUUGCUGGAAAAACUGAAAACAUUCCCAUCAGCCGAACAUCCCACAAAGAAGAUCAGUAUUUACCCAACUGUAAAGGAGUUGAGGGCCGACGCCGGUCCUUCGUUGGACUUGAAACGAAACAUCGUCCACGGGAAGUACGAAAGCGUUGAGCAUUACCUGGAUGUGCAUCUGAACCUGCUGAAGGAAGAUUUUCUCAUACCUCUUCGGUCCGGGUUGGAAAAAUAUCGGGCAUUUGUUGCUAAGCAUUCCCGUGAAUGGACAUUCGUUGGGGAAAACAUUCGCGUUCACUAUCCGGUGAAACUGUUGCUACCAAGUACCAUUAACCGCCGUACGGCCAAAGAACAACUGAUCGUGUUGGAUCUUGAUCCGGCCAACCGUGGUUACUCGAAUGAAUCAGCUCGUUACCGGCGAUUGGCUCUUCCGAACAGUAAAAGGCUCCUGAAUGGCUCAAUGGUACUCUUUAGUAGUGGGCCACAGAUGGACGAACUGGUUGUGGCCGUCAUCAGCUGUCGCGACCCGAACCAAUUGCUAGACGGGUACAUCAACGUAGAACUAAUCCGGCUCGAUAAGGAUGGGGAAUCGAAUGACGAUACCGGUAUGAACAUUUUCAACCGACCUUUGCUAAUGAUCGAAAGCGAAAUUUUUUUCGAGCCCUACCAUCAGACGUUCAAUGCACUUGUUCGUUUACGGGAGGAAAGUUUCCCGUUAAAAUCAUACAUCGUUGAUGUGUCACAACCGGUCCAACGUUUGCCCAGAUACUUAGCCGAAGGAAAACGACAUCUUUUCGUCAACGCUGGAAUCGAGUUUGACCUGAAGCAACCAGAAAGCUGGCCAAAGGAAUCACUGAAAGUUAGUAUCGGCCUGAACGAGUCUCAAUUCGAAGCGUACCGGAUGGCGUUGACCAACCGGUUUGCACUGAUUCAGGGUCCACCGGGCACGGGAAAAACUUUUAUCGGACUUAAGAUUGUGGAAACGUUGCUGGCCAAUACGAGUGAGCAGAUUUUGAUUAUAUGUCUGACCAACCAUGCCCUCGAUCAAUUUCUCUGCGGCGUUACACGCGUCACGGAGAGUAUCGUGCGCAUGGGAGGACAAUCGAAGCAUCCGCUACUUGAUGCAUAUAAUGUAAAGCAGCUGCACGAGGACGAACAAAUCGAUCGUCGGUUGAGGAUCUGCUACUACAACGCGAAGCAGCAAUAUCUUAAGCUGGUAGAACAGUUUGACCAACUGCAGGAGCAGCAGCGUGAAGGCUUCGAUGGUCUCAGUAAGCCCAUGCGUCAAUGUAUGGACAAAUUACUCGACGCUUCGCGCCGACUCAACGAACUAAGCCAGUUGGGUACGCUGAAGCUCAUCCAACACUUUCGCAUCGUCGCCAUGACGACAACGUUCGCCGCGCGUAACCGCACACUACUGGAACUUUUGCGCACUCCGAUCGUUGUAAUCGAGGAGGCGGCGGAAAUACUUGAAGCUCAUAUCGUAUCCUCGCUGACCCAACACACCGAACAAUUGAUACUCAUCGGUGACCACAAGCAAUUGCGACCGACCACCAGCACGUACGUGCUUUCGCGGCGCUAUCAGAUGGACCUGUCGCUGUUCGAGCGUAUGAUCAAUAAUCGGUUCAGUGCCGCAACGAUGACCGUACAGCAUCGAAUGCGGCCGGAAAUAGCGAAUCUCUUGCGUCCAAUAAUCUAUCCAGUACUGGAGGACAGCGAGUCUGUGCAGGCGCUUCCGGGCAUUGUGGGCAUGAAGAAAAGUCUAUUCUUCCUGCGACACACGUUCCCGGAGGGAGUAGAAUCGACUGGCUCAAAGAGGUCAGAGGACGGUCAGGAUGAGCAUGGUGCAGAUGAAAAGUCUAAACGCAACGCGUUCGAGUGUAAAUUUCUUCUCGCACUCUGUGACUAUCUUCUUGCCCAGGGGCCGUACACCGCGCAAGAUAUUGUCAUAUUGACCGCUUACAAUGGCCAAAUGUUGCAGUUAGUUUCGGAAAAGAAAAAUCGAGCUACACUGCAGGGUGUACGGAUCGCGGUUAUCGAUAACUACCAAGGCGAGGAAAGCAGGAUCAUUCUGCUGUCCCUGGUACGCAGUGGCAAUUUGAACACCAAUAGCGAUGGAAAUACCAUCGGAUUCCUUUCGCAUGAAAAUCGCAUCUCUGUCGCACUGUCUCGCGCAAGGGAAGGGCUCUACAUCGUGGGCAAUAUGGGCCUGCUUGCUCGAUGUUCGAAAACAUGGUUCGGCAUGGAACGUCUGCUAUGCACGCAAGAAGCAAUUGGUGAUUCGCUGCCGCUGCAUUGUACCACCCAUGGGCGAGUGGUCGAGGUUAAAACGCCGGAAGAUUUUGAGCAGUUUACAUUCGACGAUAAAACCUGUAUCUGUGGAAAUCUCCAAUGAUAAAUUCUCAUUUACUAGAGAGCCAAGUAACACAUAUGGUUAGGUUCGGUUUAAGAAUCAUCUUUCUUUAUUUAUAAUUU